UGCAGUGUUGUCUUACCGCGCCGCCAGCGAAGGUCGUCUGCGUGACCGUGACAGGGAGUCUCCACCCCUACGCUCCUACAGUCUCACUCACCUCGUCUAGCGAACCACGCGUCUUGACUUGCCAGUAUCUGAAAACUGUGAUUAUUAAGUGUUUUAAGAUAUUUCAAUUCCAAAAAGUUUUAGCGAAAUGGCAGCUACUGAAGAAAAGUUGUAUCCAAACUGCGACGCAACAGUUUGGCUUCGAUCCUGUGAGGAGGAGGUCUCCGAACCCUUGGAAGGGACCAUGACAGGUGAAUUUCCGUCAUGGCUUCGUGGCACCUUGCUUCGUAAUGGACCGGGGUGCCUUAAUGUCGGCACGAUGCGUUUUGAGCACCUAUUUGACAGCUCUGCUUUGCUGCACAGAUUCGCCAUCGACGAUGGCACAGUGACGUACCAGUGUCGUUUCUUGCGCACUAACACUCUGAAGAAGAACCGCGCUGCCAACCGCAUCGUGGUCACCGAGUUCGGCACCAAGUCCGCUCCAGAUCCAUGCCACACCAUAUUUGAUAGGGUGGCAGCAUUCUUCAAUCCAGGGGAGCACAUGUCAGACAACGCGAUGAUAUCAGUGUAUCCUUUCGGCGACGAAGUGUAUGCUUUCACUGAAGGUCCUAUCAUACACAGGGUGGAUACAGUGACACUGGACACUCUGGAACAAAAGAACAUGACAGACUGCGUGGCACUUGUAAACCACACGUCACAUCCUCACGUUAUGCCCAAUGGGGAUGUUUACAACGUUGGAAUGUCAGUUGUUAAGGGCAGAAUACGACACGUGGUUGCCAAGUUCCCGUUCACAGAAAAAGGUGACAUGUUCAAAAGCGCCCAUAUUGUAGCCUCAAUGGCUCCUCGUUGGGCACUUCAUCCCGCUUACAUGCACACAUUUGGUAUCACUGAGAACUACUUCGUGAUUGUGGAGCAGCCACUGUCCAUCUCCGUGUACGGGUUGAUGACGAACCUCAUCAACAACAACAAGCUCGCCGCCAGCCUCAAGUGGUAUCCUGAAUACGAGACCCACAUAGUCCUUCUAAGCCGCACAACAGGCAAGGAGGUGAAACGGUUCCGCACCGACACGCUGUUCUUCCUGCACAUCAUCAAUUGUUACGAGCAUGAAGGUGAACUCGUUGUCGACCUCUGCACCUACAAGGACGCAAAGGUCGUCGACGCUAUGUAUGUUCAUGCGAUUGAGACUAUGCAAAGCAACGCAGAUUAUGCUGAAUGGUUCCGAGCCAAACCAAAAAGACUACAGGUGUCACUAAACGCUCCUAAAAUGACCAGGAUGAAAUCUAGCAUACUGGCCGAUAUCGGCUGCGAGACGCCUAGGAUACACUAUGAUCUGCAUAACUCUAAAUACUACAGAUAUUUCUACGCCAUAAGCUCAGAUGUCGAUGCUGAGAAUCCUGGAACCGUUAUUAAGGUGGACACAAAAACUGGUGAAACUAAAACUUGGUGCCGACCUAAUUGUUACCCGAGCGAGCCGAUAUUUGUGCCUUCACCUAACGCAAAGGAUGAAGAUGACGGUGUUCUUCUGAGCGCACUGGUAUGGGGAGGAGAGAUGAAUCAAACAGUGGCCUUACUGGUUCUCAAUGCGAAGACCAUGGAGGAAAUGGGGCGAGCGACAUUCAACACCCCGUCACCAGCGCCCAAGUGCUUGCAUGGCUGGUUCCUGCCAACAAAUGGUUAAACAAAUUGUGUUAAUGGUAGAUAUAGGUUUUCAUGUCCAAUAGUUUUAUAUCCCCCUAUAAAAACUACGCUGUUUUGUCACGCUCAAAAAUUUAGAAGGUGAUCGUUACCGGUAAAUUAAUUAGCGGUGCUUGGGCAGGAAACGUUUAAUGCUGAAAUACUCAAAAUGAAGUUUAAGAAAUUGGUGUGCCUGCUCUAUAAGAAAUAGGUACUCGGAAAAUUGGAGAUGCUUUGAUGCAACGUUAUUUUAUUUUUGAAUUGAAAUAGGAGAGUUUAUGCAGAUUGACUGAUAUUAAAAAAAAAUAUAGAAGUAUGUUUCAUAGACUGCUAAUCAAGACCUGUUUAAGUUUGCAUCCAUUUUUAACGUUGUUUAAUCAUUUAGCAGUUGAUGAGAAAAUAUUAUUUUGUAAAUUAAGGUUCUGAAAUAGGUUUUUUCAUUAAAGAAGAUGAGGAUAAUAUUUUGAGAUCAUAAAUGUCUUAAUAUUAAGUAAAUAUCUUUUAAUACGUUCUGUUUAACCUUCAGUCCGUGUCUGUUUGAUUACGUAGGAGAGGUCCAAAGAUAAUUUUUGCUUAUGCAAAAUUUAAGUUUAUAAGUUAGUGAAA